AUGUUUCUGAAAAAAACUGUAUUCUCUACUUUCUACUGUGGUAUUUCACAGAUAGGUAUCAGCAAGAUGAGACAUUUAAUAUAUUUUUACUCCUUAAAGAAGAGUAGUUUUCACCUUACAGCAAAAGAGGAAGUGGGCAGAGUUGUGGGGCAGCAGUAUAGAAAUGUAUUAGCGGCAAUAAAAGGAAGAACCAUAGAUAAUCUGAAUGGAUCACCUCUCUGUUACGGUAAUAGUUUCUAUAAUGUCCCCUUUAAAGGCCUCUCCUUUAGAAUAUUAAAUAUUCUACCCCUGAAGAGUUUGGAUGUGUAA